AUGCCAAACUCGGCAGCAUCGCUUGUUCCCAACGGUAGUACGACAACACCGACUACUCAAACGGGCGGGUCUGAUGCCGCCACAUACUACAGUGUCGCAAACCUUUCUCAUUCGAUCUUUACUAGCCUCGUCAUUGGGUCACUGGAAUUGUCAGAUGUUCAACUUGUUUUCGAGGAAAUCCUCCGGAACCGAACCAAAGUGGAUUACGAUGGCAGUUAUCUCACUGAGUUCCUGGUCAAAUGGGCCCAACCGAACAGCGCAGAAACCGCGAUGCGAUUGAUCGAAGAGUUCUACACGGAUACCAUAGGCGAGGCAUGGCGUGAAGUUGCGCAGCAAGACUUCCGUAAGGCCGUACGAGGAAAUCCGCAAGCCGUUACCAUGGUGUACCCCGAUGACGUUCUCAUAAACGUAUUGAAGGUAUUCGCCAAACUCGAGGAGACCUACCACGAAUUGCGUGUUACGGAAGGCAAAGCCAUCUGGGUUGGUUGGAGACAGCAUGCGCGGUUCCGGCAUGCAAGAUCGCGCGAUCUGGCGCGUUAUUGGAGCACAAAGGAAUACGAGAUGUGGACAUACAACGUUCUUGCCCCUACUUCUGGUCAGGAUUCGCAGGAUUCGUGA